UCUCUCUCCUUCUCUCUCUCUCUAGCGCGAGGAGCAUCUGCGAUCUUCGAUUUCCCUGAGGAGGAAGAAGAAUCCGACGUCGACGACGACGAAGCAGAUUGAAAGAAGCGGAUCAACAUGCCGUGGAUGUUCAGGAACUCCGUUCGCAUGGUUGCCUUCUUCUUUAUCCUAUAGUUUCGUUGAGUUGGUAGCUUUUCAAAGUUCAGCAACAAAUUCAUCUGGUUUGGCCGUUUGGAUUUCGUGGGAGAAUUGAGAAUGUACAUUGCAGUUACCAUUAAGAGAUAUCGAGCAGUGAAGGAAGUUGGCAAAAUUAAAAUGAGUGUUGGAUUGAUUGCGCAUUACCAAUUGAUGCAAGUUUGUCAGGCUGAAUACUUCCGUCAGUUGCUUAAACCUGUUACGUAGUCUCACCCUGUUAAGCUCUGGGAUUUGGGACUUUGGGGAGAAUAGAGAGGCCCUCUGGUUGUGUUCAUGCAGGAGUAAUGCCUUGAAAGUGAAAUAAUUGGUUCUGAUAAUCAUUACAGUAGCCUUAUCUAGUAUUUAGUUCUGUGACUCUGUCGUCGCUUUAGCCACCUUCUCAGCCAUCUGAAAGUCAGUGUUACAAACUUGAAUAGCUGAAGAUCUACAUCUUCACUGCGGACGAUUAUUAGUAGGAAAUUGUAACGCUGAUGGAGAGCAACCACCACUUGCCCCCUGAAAAGGAAAGAUAUUCCUUGACUAAUCAAAUGAGUGGUGAGUACAUGGAUUUUCCGACUGCAUAUGCAUUUUGUGCGGUUCCACCACCACAAGCCGUGGAACACCUUCCACCGGUCCAUGGUCUUCAAUUUCAACCAUCUACUUUGUGCCCAAAGAAUUUCAUUGUAUUUGACCAGACUGCUCACGAGAGUCGAAUCAUGUUUCACCCGGCAAUUGCCCCCAAAUUUGGAAAUCCAGGCUUUCAAAGCUAUCCGACCUAUGUGGAGAAGAAAGAUGAGAUAAAAUGUGCUUUUAAUGAGCAAAGGGAGGUUUCAUUUUCUGAUAAAGAGGACUCAGAUGACAUUGAUGCUUUGCUGAGCUUGGAAGAGGAGGAGGAAGAAGAAGAGUAUGACGAGGAUGAGGUGAGCACUGCGCGGACUAAUGGCAAUUACAGUUGCUCGUCUCCUGAUUCUUGCUCCAGCUAUGGAUCAAAGGCUAGGAAUCUUAGCAUCUCUUCUCUUCUCCAGAAGUCCUCGGGCAGUAGGAGCCGUUCGGGCAGUGAACCCAAGCAGCAGAAAAUGAAGAGGAUGGUAAAGGCGCUGAGAGGAAUCAUUCCUGGUGGCAACCGGAUGAGCACUGUCACUUUGUUUGAUGAAGCUGUUAGAUACCUCAAGUCUCUGAAGAUUGAAGCAGAGAAGCUUGAAGACUUGAAGGACUAGACUGGUAUCCAUGCUAUGGCACUGGGACUGAGCUGCUACAUACGGGUAGCACACCCCUUGUCUCUCUCUCUCUGUGCUGAUAAUAUGCAUUUGCUAGCUUGUAGAUGCUGUUAUGAUAUAUGCUAAUGGUUGUUAGGAAGUUUGGGACUAUGAACCCCAGUUAGCUGCUUUGAAGUGAAGAGAGACUGAGAAAUGACUAUUUAUAUGUUCUGUAAGGUGCAGAUUUCUUAUGAUGUAGCUGUAUCGACUCUUGGGCUUGUAGACACUGCAAUAAAAAGUAAUUAUCAUCGGUGCCUCAUAGGCAUAACUGUCA